AUGUCGAUCUCUCAAGAAAUAUUAGCGCUGAUUCGUCGCGUGAAAUGCCCUCAUUUCGAUGAAUUUGAAUCGCGUAAACGUAUUCGGCAGUUUUUUUUGCCGAGAAGGAUUUGUAUUUUUGCUAUUGGUUUAUUUGUUUUGUUGUAUUUUUUAAUAUUUUCAAAAUCUUCAACAACAAGUAUCGCUGAACUAUGUUUGGAUGAUCGUUUAAGACACUGGAAACUUCGUGAGAAUGAUUUCUCGAUAUCACUGCUGGGCCAGACUCUUCACUUUACUGCAAAUGGGUUUUUGGGGAUCGGAAAUGAUGGAGAACUUCGCAUUAAAGAUACUUCUUCUCGUGUGCUUUCAUUCGUAACUGCAUUUUUUCCAUUAAUCAGUGCUCGAAUUGAACAGUACAAUUCAGAAUCUAGUGCAUCUAUUACAGAUUAUCGAACUGGAACUAUAAAACGAAUUCAGUGCUUCACUAUUGAAAAAUGUGUAUGCAUAACUCGUUCUGUCUAUGCACAUCGUUCUAGGCCACAUAUUCUUGUUCAAGAAAUUCAAACAAAUAAUCCAACUGUUAGAUUUCAAAUUUUUUUCAAAAAUGAAUUUUCUAGCAUCGGCGACUCAUUCGUAUAUACACGUUCUUUUGAAAGUAAAUCUUCACGUACAACAAUGGCUGUAAUUUGUUCUUCUGUUCCGAAAAAUGUUAUCGUUGAAUGGAAGCGUGAAGACAGCUCAAGAUUUACUUGUGCUUUCGAUUAUGAAGUGGAUCUUUUAGGACUGCAUUCCGUGACAUUUGGUAUCUCUAAAUCGUUUGCACCUAAUGCUCUUAACCCUCGAUUAAUAAAUUUUACUCGAUAUGCUUUAUUAGCCAAUAGUCGUGAUUUAUUGAUCGAGAAAUUUUCAACAGAUGAACAAAAAAAGGUUCAUUUGGCUUUUAAUUUAUUGCUCAAAAAUGAUAUGUGUUACAAUGGUCAUUCAACAUUGAUGAUGCCUUCAAAAUUAUGGAAGGCCUCAGAAUCAAUGAGUGAAUUGAUUCGCACAAUCGAUAUUUGGAUCUUAACCUUGGAAAAGCGUGGUUGUUUUAAUCUUGUUAAGGCUGGCGCCACGGGUAUUGCUCAAGCAUUUGUUUUAAGUCUUCUUGCAUUCAAGUUUUCUGGUGAACAUAUGGAAAUGGAAAUUGAUCCUUCUGAUCUUCACAGAGAAAUAAGCGUUAACAAUUUGCCAUUUUCGCCUAAUAUUAAUUUAUCAAUCGUUGUUCAGCUGGAUGAUGAAAAUCGUCCUUAUUUUCUACUUUCUUCGCCUUCACUGGUAUAUGCCUGUGAUGCAGGAUGCCUCGAUGUACCUAUCGAAUUAGGACAAAAUCGAGUUCGCCUUCCAAUAAAAGUAACUCGACCUUUAACACCUAUUCUUUAUAUAUCAGCCAAUAAAAAACAUCUCGAGCAACUACAUGGAGCGAUUCAUGUAUUUGAGGUUGUUAAUGCUCCUGCUCAUGAACAUGAUCUAAUUGCUCUUCAUAAACACGGUCACAGACUCGGCGGUCUGCCACUCAGCUUCUGGGUUCUUUUAUGUGCUCUUGUUAUUGUUUUUCAUUUGUUUCUUUUUAAAUUGUUGUAUUCUGAAUGGAAAAAGGGUGAUUCUACUCCUUAUAAUUAUUAUUUACGGCAAAGGUAUAUGCGAACCCAUUGA